GCGGAGCAGAGCGGCGGGCACUCGGGUGCGGGCGGCAUCAUGUCCCCGGGGAGCGGGGUGAAGAGCGAGUACAUGAAGCGCUACCGGGAGCCGCGCUGGGACGAGUACGGGCCGUGCUACCGCGAGCUGCUGCACUACCGCCUGGGCCGCCGGCUGCUGGAGCAGACGCAUGCGCCCUGGCUCUGGGACGACUGGGGCCCGUCCAGCUCCUCGGACGACUCAGCGUCGUCGGAAUCGUCGCGCGGCUGGGGCCCCGCGCCCAGGUGCGCCCCGGCAUCGCCUGUGGAGAGCGCGGCGCGGGAGGAGACGGAACAGCUGCUGCACGGGAUCCCGGAGGAGCAGGGCGCAGAGGCCCAGGACGCCGAGGACGCGGCUCUGCCAUUACUGCCAUUGAAAGAGGUUCAAGGAAAACCUGAACAACAAAUCAGAACGGGAGAGACUGAAAAAUUACCUUCCAGUAUCGAAGCUCAACAGCACCGAAGUGCCUUAUUUGCCGGGGGAAAUAGGGAAGCAGUCACAAGUUCCCAGCAAUCAUCAGGCAAAAUAAAAGAAAAGAAGCAUCCGUUUGCUCUAUAUGGGUGGGGAGAAAAACAGACUGAUACAGGAAGCCAAAAAACUCACAACGUGCGUGCAUCUGCCCCUGUACAUGAGAUUCAUGCGUCAGCCUUGCGAGCCAAGAACAGAAGACAGCUGGAGAAAAGGAAACUAGUUGCCCAAAGACAACGUGCUCAUUCUGUGGAUGUCAACAGAAGGAUGAAGUCGUCUUCCUCCUCCGAGAAUCCAUGGAUGACAGAAUACAUGAGGUGCUACUCGGCCAGAGCUUAAAGAAACAGUCGUGUGGACAGCCUCUCUUUAAAAAAGGGUAAAUGACAGAAACAAAAAUGAAGACCAGAAAUAACCAGAGGAAAUUGGACA